AACAAGGCUGUGGUGAAUCAGUUUGAGUAAAUUGCAGACUGAGUUGAUUGGAGUAUUUAAAAGAGGCGUACUCAGCUUCGUCUUACAAACAACAAUAAACAUUUCAGCUGCUCGCACUUCCACUUUGACUUCACUUCUUGCGCAGCAGACACAGACACAAUGGACACUCUCAUCGAAAGCGUCAACGCAACAGCGAAAAUCCCCCUUCACCCAUUCUGGCCAUUGAACGCAGCCCUUCCUCAAUAUGCCGCCAACACGCUAUCCUCUCGCGCUCUCGUAGCAUCCUUCGUCGUCGGCGCAAGUGCCAUUCUCGGAGUAACACUGUCCUUGAUCCAACAAUCUCGUCGAAAACCAUCAAAGACGGAGAUAUUCAUGACACUGUGGUUUGCUCUCUGCGGAUGCAUCCAUUUGUUCUUCGAGGGUUACUACGUCGUCAAUUUCGUCGACAUCUCCAACAGACAAUUCCUCUUCGCCCAGCUCUGGAAAGAAUACUCCCUCUCAGACUCACGCUACCUCACUCAAGACUCCUUCCUCGUCCCCAUGGAAGCCAUAACCGCCUUCCUCUGGGGUCCAAUGUCGUUCUUUUGCGCAUGGAGCAUCGUCAAGCAACAUCCCCUCCGACACCCUAUCCAGCUGAUCAUCAGCGUUGGUCAACUCUACGGCGAUUUGUUGUACUUUGGUACUUGCUACUUCAACGAUAUCGUUCAUAGCAUUGUGUACUGUCGCCCGGAGCAGUUUUACUUUUACAUGUAUUAUGUUUUCUGUAAUGCGAUUUGGAUUGUUAUUCCGACGGUUUGUGUGGUUCAUAGUGUUGUUCAGACGAAGAGGGCUUUUGCGAAGGUUCAGGAGGUUGAGAGGGUGAAGAAGGGAAUGUAAAUGGAGGAUAGUGAUGGAGGAGAAGGGUGACGGACAAGUUGAUACUGGGCUGCGGAGGAUGAAGUAGCAAUAGUAAAAGUCACUCCUUUUCACUUCAACAUAAUUGAUUAAAUCCCGUUUCUCUUCUCACA